AAUCUCGGGAAAGAAGAAAAUGUACGUAAGCAUCUAGAAUUCAUAGAAGAGAACAAAACAAAGUGACUUGUUCCGUUUUGGACAAGUAAAAUCCAUAAUCAACAUCAGGAAGAUCAACUUCACCAACCAAACCUACUUAUAAUAAUAAAUUGAUACUAUUAUUAAUUUUUCCAUUAAAUGAUAAAUACGUGUUGGUAGUAGCAACUUCACUCAACUAAAGCAGAGUCUGGUUAGUACAACUGAACUAACUAACAAUUCCCUCACCGCACUGCAGCAGAUGGGUUUUUGUCCGUGUUUUGGAGAUGAAACUUCCGAAGUUCCACUAGCGGAUCGUGACCCGGUUCUACUUGUUUCGGGUAUGGGUGGCUCCAUCCUUCAUUCUAAGCCCAAGAAAUUCGGGUUCACCACUCGUGUUUGGGUUAGAAUCUCCCUCGCUGACUUGGAGUUUCGUAAGAAGAUUUGGUCACUCUACAAUCCUGAAACAGGUUACACUGAAUCGUUAGACAAGAAAUCUGAUAUUGUUGUUCCUGAUGAUGAUCAUGGUCUCUAUGCAAUUGAUAUUUUAGAUCCUUCUUGGUUUGUAAAAUGUGUACAUUUGACAGAGGUGUAUCAUUUUCAUGACAUGAUUGACAUGCUAGUUGGAUGUGGAUACGUCAAAGGAACCACUUUGUUUGGAUACGGAUAUGAUUUCAGACAAAGCAAUAGGAUGGACAAGUUAAUGGAUGGCCUCAAACUCAAGUUGGAAACUGCUUACAAAGCCUCUGGUGGAAGAAAAGUCAAUAUUAUUUCACACUCCAUGGGAGGGGUUUUGAUCUUGUGUUUCAUGUCACUUUACAGAGAUGUGUUUUCAAAAUACGUGAAUAAGUGGAUUGCCUUGGCUUGCCCUUUUCAAGGUGCCCCAGGAUGCAUCAACGAUGCUCUAUUAACUGGAUUAGAAUUUGUUGAGGGCUUUGAAAGCUUUUUCUUUGUAUCAAGGUGGACUUUUCAUCAAUUGCUAGUUGAGUGUCCAUCAAUCUAUGAGAUGUUGGCAAAUCCGGAUUAUAAAUGGAAAAAGAAGCCAGAAAUUCAAGUUUGGCGAAAGCAUGAAAAGGAUGGGAAUGUUAUCGUCAAUUUGGAAUCUUAUGGACCAACCCAGAGUAUCUCUGUAUUUGAAGAAGCGCUAAGGCACAAUGAGCUAAAGUAUAACGGGAAAUUAAUGCCAGUGCCCUUUAAUUUAGCUAUCCUUAAAUGGGCUACUGGAACUCGUCAAGUUAUCAGUAAUGCUAAACUACCGGACGGGGUCUCCUUCUAUAACAUUUAUGGAACAUCAUUUGACACACCUUUCGAUGUUUGCUAUGGUUCGGAAAAAUCUCCAAUAGAGGACUUAUCUGAAGUAUGCCAGACACUGCCACAAUAUUCUUAUGUUGAUGGAGAUGGAUCUGUUCCUGUUGAAUCAGCCACGGCCGAUGGACUUGAAGCCGUUGAAAGGGUAGGAGUUGCUGCUGAGCACCGUGGAUUAUUACAUGAUAAAACUGUAUUUCAACUUAUUCAAAAAUGGUUGGGUGCUGAGCCAGUGGUUAGCAAGCAAUCUAAGACAUCAAAAGUGGCAGAUACGUAUGCAAUAAACCCCAUGGUUCUCUAAAUUAGUUUGUUCCCGAAAACAGGGGUCAUAUCCAUAACCCAUGUGCUUGUGUUUCAUGUUGGCUGCUAUCCUUUUUUAGAAAACAUGCGCAAAUGGUUUGUUGCUAGCGGGUGUGGUAUAAUUUCAUUAUGCAAUGUGUAUAGUAGAAUUCAUUAUUGGGUGGUGUACUAUAUUUGGCGAUCAUCGAGCAAGAUGUAUCUUUUCUCACAUCUUGAAGACGCUUGGCUGCUGGAUGACUUAGUCCUCAACAUGUACCGAUCAAUAUAUUAUUAUUUGAGCAUUCUUAUCAAUCUGCUUUGAUUCAACAUGUUCAAAUGUAAACUCUACUUUCACUGUAAGAAAGACAGUAUUUCAAAUGAGCACUAAAUUAUGGUA